GAAUGCUUUUGUACAGAAGCUAAACAGUUCUCUUAGUGUUUUUGAUCCCAUCACAUUUGUUGGCUUACAUAAACAUGAUUUCCAAGAUCAUUAUCUUCGUAAGUAUCAUCAGCAUCUCAAAAGCAGGACUAGUUCCAGCACCAGUAUUAGCAAAAUUGGACGACUACGAUCCUUACCCACAGUAUACAUUCGCCUACGACGUCCAAGAUGCUGUAACUGGUGACUCAAAAGCUCAAUACGAAACCCGGAAUGGUGACAUCGUACAAGGAAGCUAUAGCCUAAUCGAAGCUGAUGGGACCAGAAGAAUAGUUGACUACACGGCUGAUCCAGUAAAUGGAUUUAACGCCGUCGUAAAUCGCGAACCUGCUGUGGCAGUCGCGCCAAUUGUCACUAAAACUGUGCCCGCUGCACCAAUAGUUGUUCCCGCUGCUCCUGUGGCUGCUAAAAUUGUCGCUCCGGUAGCUUCUGCUCCGAUAGUCUCUGCACCAGUUGCUCCGGUUAUCGCAGCACAGUACAGAGCUCCUGUUGCUAUCAGACCUGCAACUUUAAUCAGAGCCGCUCCUCUACUUUCUGCACCGUUUGUCUUCAAGCAGGCCCAAAUAAUUCCAACUGCAAGACUGGUCUCACCCGCACCAGCUGCAAUUAGGACAGCUCCAAGACCGGCUAAAAUUACAAAAGCUAAUAACAGAAACAACAAUAAAAAAGUUGCUCAGCUAUCCGCGCCUUUAACUUCUGAAGCAGCGGGAUAUGUUUAUUGACAAAUUGAUAAAUUAAUAAAUUUAUAAUUGAAAUAAAUUAGCGAAUAUUAAGAAAUAGUCUACCUCAAUUAAAGUAAUUGAUUAAAAGAUAUUUAAAAAAGUCGUAAUAUGUGUAAUUGAAAUGUAUAAACAAGUUAACGUAUAACUAGACAAUUAUGCUCGUGUUUUUUAUUAUGCAAGAAACGACUUGCGGGACAUGUUUACGAAAGAACAAUGAGCAGGUCAUCGCGUAACCGAACCGACCUUCGAAUACGAAUCCUGCAUGACAAUUAACUUCAUAUAAAAUAAGUUU